AGAUACAAUCUCUUUCCUCCGCGAAAACCGAAGAGCCAAACACCCACCCAAUCCACUAACCAAGCGAUGCCUCCCAAGCGCAAGUCCCCGGUUGCGACGGCGGCGGCCCCCGCAAUGCCGCCUAGGAUGACCCGGAGCAUGGCCGCCGGGAAGCGGGGCGCCGACGCUCCGGCCAAAAAGGAGGAAGCACAGGCGGCGCCGGCGGCGGCCGCGGAGAAGGGGAGGAAGAAGGCCAAGAAGGAGGUGUCUGCGGUGGCGAAGGAGGUGGAGACGGUACUGUCGCCUCCUGCAGCGCCCAAGCAGAAGGUGAAAAAAAAUGCCAAGAAGGAGGUGGUGGCGGGCGGUGCCGGCGCUGAAAACGGGAAGCGCGUCAUCGUCGAGGCUUGCACCCAGUGCCAACAGUUCAAGAGAAGAGCUUUAAAGGUGAAGGAGGAUCUUGAAAGUGCUGUCCCUGGGGUUUCUGUGACAAUCAACCCUGAAAAGCCACGCCGUGGAUGCCUCGAGAUACGGGAGGAAGGUGGUGAUGUGUUCAUUUCACUGCUGAACAUGCCACGGCCCUUCAACAAGAUGAGGGAGCUCGACAUGGACAAGGUUACCAAGGACAUUGCCCAGAAAAUUGCUUGAAUCUGACGUGGCAUUAAUGUAUGGAUGCCCUCCUUUUGCAAUUGAAGUUUAGGGCUUAUUUUGUGUGGGAACUUGGUAUUGCAGUGGCCGUAGAAUGUGGGAUCAGUGUUUCGUUAUCGUGUCCUAUGUGGGCUAAGACAUGCUGAAAUUAUCGCAGUGGCAAUGGAUAUUACUCCUCCCUCGGUUGCCCUUGUGUUA